AGGUAAAGUAGAGUUUUAGCACAUUUUCACCCUCAAACUCUCAACUCUCAACUCUCCCUCUCUCUCUAAAAGUUUUAGCUUCUGGGUUCGAGCUUGUUUAGUGUGUAGUGAUCACAACAAUGGUGAGAUUGUGUGUAUUUGUGCUAUUAUUAUGCUGCUUCACCACAACCACAAGAGCAGAGUAUCUGAAAUACAAAGACCCAAAACAAGCCCUCGGUGCUAGAAUCAAAGAUUUAAUGAAAAGAAUGAGUGUUGAAGAAAAGAUUGGGCAAAUGGUACAGAUUGAGCGUUCUGUGGCAACCCCUGAUGUGAUGGCCAAAUAUUUCAUUGGAAGUGUGCUCAGUGGCGGAGGGAGUGUGCCGGCGCCCAGGGCUACACCUGAGACUUGGGUCAAUGCCGUCAACACUAUUCAAAAGGGUUCGCUCUCGACUCGCCUCGGGAUUCCCAUGAUUUAUGGGAUUGAUGCAGUUCAUGGUCACAACAAUGUUUACAAUGCCACUAUUUUUCCUCAUAAUGUGGGCCUUGGGGUCACAAGGGAUCCUCAGCUUGUACGCAGAAUUGGGGAAGCAACUGCGCUUGAAGUUAGAGCUACAGGAAUCCCUUAUGUGUUUGCUCCUUGUAUUGCAAUUUGCAGAGAUCCAAGAUGGGGCCGAUGCUAUGAAAGUUACAGUGAAGAUCAUAGAAUAGUGCAAGCCAUGACUGAGAUUAUUCCUGGUCUGCAAGGACCCUCCUCUAAGAAGGGUGUUCCCUUUGUGGCUACUGGGAAGACCAAGGUUGCAGCCUGUGCCAAGCACUAUGUAGGUGAUGGAGGUACGACCAGAGGCAUCAACGAGAACAACACUGAGAUAAACAUGAAUGGACUGCUCAAUAUCCACAUGCCAGCGUACUUAAAUGCCAUCAGCAAAGGAGUUGCAACAGUUAUGGUUUCCUACUCGAGCUGGAAUGGAAAUAAGAUGCACGCUAAUCAUGAGCUUGUCACUGGAUUUCUGAAGAACAGGUUGAAGUUCAGGGGAUUUGUAAUAUCAGACUGGCAGGGGAUUGACAGGAUUACAACUCCUCCACAUGCUAAUUAUUCAUUUUCUGUCGAAGCCGGAGUCGGUGCUGGAAUUGACAUGGUUAUGGUUCCAUAUAACUUCACAGAGUUCAUUGAUGAUCUAACCUAUCAGGUGAAGAAAAACAUUAUCCCCAUGAGCAGGAUUGACGACGCCGUAAGAAGAAUUAUAAGGGUUAAACUCACCAUGGGACUUUUUGAGAACCCACUAGCUGAUCUCAGCUUGGCCAGCCAACUUGGUAGUCAGGAACAUAGAGAAUUAGCCAGAGAAGCUGUAAGAAAAUCACUUGUGCUGCUAAAGAAUGGCAAAUCUGCUGAUAAACCAUUGCUGCCCCUUCCCAAGAAAGUAUCGAAGAUACUAGUUGCUGGAACCCAUGCUGAUAACUUGGGAAAUCAAUGUGGCGGCUGGACGAUCACAUGGCAGGGUCUCACUGGCAAUGACCUUACAUCCGGUACUACAAUUCUAGAUGCAGUGAAAAGUACAGUUGACCGUACAACCCAAGUGGUCUACAGCGAGAAUCCUGAUUCUAACUUUGUUAAGUCUAACAAAUUCUCCCAUGCCAUUGUUGUAGUUGGCGAGCCACCGUAUGCAGAAACUUUUGGCGAUAGCCUUAACCUGACCAUUGCUGAACCUGGAUUGAGUACUAUAACCAACGUGUGCGCAUAUGUAAAAUGUGUUGUUGUAAUCAUAUCUGGGCGGCCUGUUGUCAUCGAGCCCCAUCUUUCAAAUAUAGAUGCUCUUGUAGCUGCCUGGCUUCCAGGAACUGAAGGCCAAGGUGUUGCUGAUCUUUUGUUUGGUGACUAUGGAUUUACGGGCAAGCUCGCACGCACCUGGUUCAAGACAGUAGACCAGCUACCGAUGAAUGUUGGUGAUCCACAUUAUGAUCCUCUGUUUGCUUUCGGGUUUGGUCUGACAACUAAGCCUACCAAGAACUAGAAGCUGCUAAAAGCCUGCGUUAUUUAGAAUGCUCCAAAUUUUAUUUUGAUUUACUCUUAAUAUUAAAGAACAGCAGGAGAGAUGUAUAAUUUUAGAGGCUUUGAGAGCCAAUGCUGAACAAUCAUUUGAGUGUAGGUAAAAAUUUGCAAUCGUUGUCAGAUAAUUUUCGCAUUUAAGUUCUUGUAACAGAGUUCUAUAAAAUCCCGACGUUCAAUAUAUUCCGUUUCUUUUUUCUGGAUCA